AUGGCAGACGAAGUCGAAGUCGAGUACAGGUCCUACCGUUGGCCUAGGGAUAUCUUUACGUACUGGCUUAUUUUUCUGGGAAUAUUUUCCAUUAUCGUACUCUCGAUCUAUGCCCAGUUUACUGCUGUCCAGAAUGCCCUAGACAGACCACAACCAUGGUACUUCCAAAUGUCCCUAGCAGUCGCAGUCAUCACUCUCUUCCUCAUCGCCGCCGUAGUAAUGCUAUUCCAACUGCGCAUGGUCACCCCAUUUUUUAUGCUCGCAUUUUCGCUCGUAGGGUUCGUUCUCUGGCUUGUCGCACUAAUCGGUAGCUCCUUGGCACUAUUCUCCGAUCAGAAUAAUAAUGCGAAUGAUUACUGUCACGACACCGGUAUUCUUUGGGCGCCACCGCAGACUGUAGUGACCACGAGCGGCCCAGGGUACACUGGCUACGAGGGCUCAGGAACAGUCACAGCAUCUGUGCUCAUCUAUGCAGCGCAGAGCCAGCUGUCCACGUUUUUGUGGCACCAACUUUGUGGGGCUUGGAAGGCUGCCUUCGUAUUCCAACUUUUUUCACUUAUAAUGUUUAUCUAUAUGAUCUAUCUUUCUUUUGAUGUUCUAUCAGCAGACAAGAAGGAAGUCGCUGACAUUGUCGAUGUCGAGGGCUAG